UGGCGGCGCGGCCGACGGGGCGCUCGGGGUCGCAUCGAUUGAGGGCCGCCUCCGCCGUCGCUCGGAAGGGGGUUGCGCCCGGGGAGGAUGCCGGUCGCUGGCGGAGGCCGGGAAGCCACCAUGAGCGUCCGCCGUGUCCGGGGCUCCUUCAGGGGCUCUCUGCGACAGUACGUAAGCGGCGAGACGUCCAAGCGAAACCCGGUGAGGCACUUCCAAUGGGUUUACCAAAACGACGAGUGGCACAUUGCCUACGACGACGGAGAUGAGGUGUCCCUCAUGUUCGCCAAGUUUGAGCGACUCCCCAUGAAGGACUUCGGCGCCGAAGUGAGGGCAUCCAUGGACGUUGAUCAGUUCCUCAUUCAAGCCGUGCUCCUACUGGACGUGCAGGAGACCUCGCUCGAAGGCAUCGUCGACAAGAUGCUACAAAAGGUGCUUGACGGACGAGAACAGAUGGCAACCCUAGCAGAAGCGAAGGAAUCGCUUUUCACUCACGAACAAGUGCACCUACUAUCCAGGACGAUCCAGGGAACGUGUAUGCGAGAGGGGGGAGGAUUCGACUACGACCAGUCCUGGAUCUGCGCAUUAUGCGCGCUGCCGUCCCUGCAGAAGCGGCACGUGGCCGUGGCACGGCUCAAGCACCCGGCCAACAUGGGUCGCACCUGUCACGAGGUGCGCUUCUUCAUCCUGGUGCUGACGCCGAGCAAGGAGAAAGGCACCAAGAACGCCCUCGAGACCGGCCGCACGUUCGCCACCAUCUUCGCCGACAUGGACUUCCGGCAGCGCCUCCUGGAGGUGCACUCCGAGGCCGAGUUCAAAAACGUGCUGCUCAAGCACGCGCAGGACCUGGCAGCCGAGCAGAGUAAUCCCGUGCACCUGCGAGGAUCGCAGGCCCAGCUAGACUUCCCGCCCCGUAGGUGUCCCAUCGCUCAAGGUCUCAACGACGACCUGCGACGGCGGUUGUCGCACUACGUCAGCGACUAUAUAGAUGGAGUGGUAGGCCACCGGACAAUCUACAAGACCGUCUCCACCAUCUUCUUUCUUUACUUUGCCUGCCUUCUGCCAACCAUUGCCUUCGGAGCGCUGAACGACACCAACACCAAGGGCAAGAUAGGCGAGUUAGACGUCCGCAAGUGCAUCAUCAGCCAAACCAUUGGCGGCCUCUCCUUCGCCCUGUUCGGUGGUCAGCCGUUGGUGAUCCUCAUGACCACUGCCCCCCUCAGCCUGUACAUCAAGGUGAUCUACAACAUCUGCGAAGACUUCGACCUAGACUUCUACGCCAUGUACGCCUGCGUGGGACUGUGGAACACAUUCUUCCUGCUUUUAUUCGCUGUGUUCGACGCCAGCAAGCUGAUGAAGUGGUGCACGAGGUCGACGGAGGAGAUCUUCGCUCUGUUUAUCAGCAUCGCCUUCUGCGUGGACGCCGGUCGCGACGUGUACAAGAACUUCCAGCGCUACUACUACGCGUCCGAGUGCUCGCCGCCCACGGUGGAGGCGCUGAGCCGGCUGCUGCACAACGUGGGCGCGGCCACCAACAACACGACGGCGGCCGAGGCGCUGCUCGAGGCCCUGCCCCAGUGCCGGCGAGAGAACAGCCUGCUCUUCCUGCUGCUCAUGCUGGGCACCGUGUGGCUGGCCGUGUCCCUGUACAACUUCAACAAGACGCCCUACCUGCAGGCCAGCAAGCGCGAGAUGCUCGCCGACUACGCGCUGCCCGUGGCGGUCAUCGCGCUCAGUUUCCUCGGCUCGUUCGUCUUCCGAGAGGUCGAGACGGAGCAGUUCCACUUCGGCCACAGCGACCAGUUCGUGCGGGCGCGCGUCGAGGCGCUGCAGUGGCCCGCCGCCCUGGCCGCCAUGGGGCUGGGCCUCGCGCUGUCGCUGCUGUUCUUCAUGGACCAGAACAUCUCCGCGGCGGUGGUGAACAACCCGUGCAACAAACUCAAGAAGGGCGCCGCCUACCACCUGGACCUGCUGGUCGUGGGCCUGCUGAACGGCGUGCUCUCGCUGUUUGGCCUGCCCUGGAUGCACGGCGUGCUGCCCCACUCGCCGCUCCACGUGCGCAGCCUGGCCGACGUCGAGGAGCGCGUCGACCAGGGCCACGUGUACGAGAUCAUAGUGCGCGUGCGCGAGACCCGCCUCACGGGCGCCGUGUCUCACCUGCUCAUCGGGCUCUCGGUGUUCAUGCUGCCCUACCCGCUGGCGCACAUCCCGACCGCGGUGCUGGACGGACUGUUCCUCUACAUGGCCAUCACGUCGCUCAACGGCAACCAGAUGUUCGAGCGCAUCACGCUGCUCUUCAUGGAGCAGGCGGCCUACCCGCCCAACCACUACAUCCGCCGGUGCCCGCAGCGCAAGAUCCACGUGUUCACCGUCUGCCAGGUGGUGCAGCUGCUGGUCAUGUGCUUCUUCGGGUUCGCGCCGUGGCCCUACGUAAAGAUGGUCUUCCCCGUCAUCAUCCUGCUACUCUUGCCACUCAGGCACAAGGUGGUCACGCUGUUCAUCGACCAAAAGUACCUGGAAGCGCUGGACGGCGAGCACCAGUAGCGUCCUCACACUCUAUGCAGCUGCAGCAGCCGCACGAGGCCGCCACCAGAAGCAGCAGCAGCAGCAGCAGCAGCAGCAGCCCGGGUUGUCGUACCUGAAACUUAUGCAAUGCGGCGAGGAGAACGCUCUCCCAUUUCCUCCCACCGUGUCAAAGUGCCGCCCGGGCGACCGUGUACGCCCGCAGCCGCGUAAAAGAAAAAAAAAAGCGUCGAUACAACCCCCCCCCCUCACGAUUCACACCCCUCCUCCCCCACGAAUCUCCUCCUCCCCCCGUGCGCGGACAGACGUCACAUGGGACGUGGCUUGCUUGUCCGCCCUUGUUCGCAGACAGAUCACACGCAAGCUCAGCUCAGGUCGGUUUUAACCACGGUCAGCUCUGGUCGACUCCAGUCUGGCCAGGCUAGAGGUGUCGUGCAACUGGGCCUGUUUUAGUUUAGGGUUGUUCCCCCCCGGCUCAAGUGGGCGCUGGUCGCACCAGGUUUCACGUCCUGGUCUCGAGUCAACAGUCCGUGGACUGGGCCAAAAUCUCGGCCAGAAUCAGGUCACGCCUGGUGAAAAGAUCGGGGAACACCACCGGUGAUGGGGGGUCGCUAUUUGGCCGCCAGAACGCCUGGUCGCAGAUCGCGUCCUGGGGAAGUCUUAGGGUUUAGGUGCCGGUCUGGCUCGGUUCGGGUCUGGUCGCAAGAGCAGAAGUGCGUGUCGAGAGUCCGGCCUCUUAUCUCUCUCUCUCUGGUCCCCGCCGCCAGACAUCCCUCCCCGCCGCCGCAGAAGCGCGAAAUUGUCGAGGCGAAACGACGGACGACGCGCUACGGUGGUUUCCACGAACGCUGUGCACACACAUGGCACGAAGAAGAAAAAAAAGAUAGCGAGAUAAAUAAAAGAACACAGCGGCAAGGCCCGAGCCCCCCAGUGAGCGCCCAGCAUCGAACCCGGCCUAGCCUAGGGCUAAAACACCCGAAUACGGGCACGCCGAAAAGUUCUACUGCAUUUACCCAUCUGGGAGCCACGAAGCGGCAAAAAGACAAAACAGUGAUACAGUCACAAUUGCGGCCCCUAAUCCAAGCCACAACUUUACUGUCGACCGGUCGCAACACCCGUCUUUAACGACGCCCUGUCUGCACCAGAGGAAGCGAGACAAAGCCUUGUGACGUGUCUUGUGCGUCCCUGUCGUGUCUCGGCGAGUCUUCUGUCCAUGUAAGCGUACCUCCCCAGCAAGGCAAAAGAAAAAGAAUAAGUAUUUCGUGUCCGUUGUCGCGUUAUUACAGUGUCCCUCGUCUGAGUCGUGACAGUCGCAGCUCCGGCUUGCGAGCCGAUCGCUUCGUGCGAGUCCCUCGGCGCGUCCACUUGAUUUCGUGUUCCCCUCGGCUAGUGGUUUGUCUGUCCAAUAGUCCGCGUGGAACGGUGCGCGGAUCGGUACAGCAAUAUAAACGUACGGCGAGCGCUCGCCGACGAAAAAUAUGUAAACGCAGAGAAACAAUCAGCCCAAACCACAGCUUCCGUUGUGAGCGUAGCACGUGUACAGUGAAACGCAUGGGCAAGCCGUGUGCCGUUCUUCUUCUUCCUUUUUGGCACCCUCACACCCACCCCGGUUAUCAGUAUCGUCCACGAGAGGUCUUCGGCAUGCUCCGUACGUCCAGCAAAAAGAGUCAUCCACGUACUCGCCUUUCCGCUAUACGAGCGUACGUCCCGGGUCACACGGAGGGCAACUGUGGAGCAAUCGCUCUCCACGUCUCUCAACACGGGUCCCGGAAAUGACGUAGCAGUUCCGGCUCUCCUUCUCUCUCUCCUUCCUCGUGACGGGCGACGUAAAGGAGCAGGUUUUGCGACCGGGGCUUCCACGUGGGGCUCGGGCCUCUUCCGCUUCCGGCGGCGUCUCCCGCGCUGAAAUGGAGCAGGGGACGCCAACACACGUGCUCCCCUUUUCAACGUGCUAUAGCGGCCUAGGAUUGCAUUUACGAAACAAAAAGGAAUAAAAAAAAAGAGGGGAAGCCGUCGUUCGCAGGUUUUCUUCGGCGCCGUUCUUCCGAGGACCCCCCCGUUUGCGAAACUCGAGAGAGGAAAGAUCGCUGCCACUUUCCACAGAAAAGAAAAAAAACGCGUCGAGUGCAAGCAUCCCCGCACUGACGUGACAGUAGUCUCCGAAGAAGCACGUCGAAUCGAACGACGUCUGCAGUGUCCGGUCUCUCAAUAAAGAAAGGUGGCGACGUGAUUGCCGGUGACGCUCGGAGGGCAGACCCUUAAUCACGUGAACGAGGAACGCCCGUCACGUGACUUGAACGCAGCGUCCCGAGCGAGUCAGUUCACUGCAGGCUCUCAUUCCUCUUUCUCGAGCAGUCUUUUCGAGCGCGCUUCACAGUGGCUAAAGGUGCAAGGCGCGCUGCAGGCCCCGGAUGUCUUCGUCGUCACACGAAGCCGUCUGCCAGCGACAUUUUCCUCGCAACUCCCCCCACCCACACGAAGGUCGCACGUACAAGAAAUGAAUCGUACGCCGCCACCAGUGACGUAGGCAACGGCAGCUGCCCGCAGCGCCAUCUGGGCGCGUCCGGCUGAGACAACGACAGAGAAGGAAGUACAAAACGAGACCGCGUCGGCGUGAGCCGUUACAAGGGGCAAGGACUGGGUUGCCAGAGGUGCGGGACGCGUCCGGAGGAGCCCUGCGCGUGCUCAGCUGCUCAAAGUUCCCGUAUAGGGCUCAGCCGAACUCCGCAAAGCUGAGCGCUCGCGCUACAAACCUCUCCCUCGAAGGCAUUUUCUCUACCGUAGGCAUUUCUCGAAGGCAUUUCUCGAAGGCAUUUGUUGUCGGCUCCAAAAAGCCCCGUCGUCCACUGAAGUCCUCCGAAGGGCAGCGCCGGAGAGAGACGCUGACACUGCGAGGCGAACGCGUCCUCUUCUUUCUCUCUCUUUUUUUUUUUCUAUCUAUCAAAGGUGUGGUUAGUUUGUGUCUUAGGCAUCAUCACUAAGCACUUGUGUCCGUAGCAUCUAUACAAAGAAGAGCUCGAAUGAAAGAAAAAAAAACGGAAACAUCCCUCCGGGAUGGAAAAAAAAAAAGACUCAUCAGUCGUAGUGUGAAAGGCCCCUAGAGCAAUAUAGAUGAUAAGAAUAUAAAACACAGUAACACGUAUACACACACGCACACUGCAAAACAAAACAUACAGAAUCGCAGCUGUCCCGGCCGCUCUUGCGUUCUUGCUCAAGUACGCCACGAGGAACGUCAGCGUGCGGUAUCGUGGUCGGGUGGCGGUCGAGGGUUCGACGUCCAGUCCGAUUUUGCGUACCUUAUGAGCUCCGAGUUCUCGCUUCCCGCGGCUGCAGCUACAAAUUGCCACAGCCAUGCAGUGGAGAGAAUACCGGUGCACAGGUCUGGAAAGCUCGCAUUACCUUACGUGGAGAGCCAUUACCACGUAAUGUGAUAUUUGGCAGUGAACUGCUAAGCACUGUGAAACGCCGCAAUCCUAAAGUAGGCCUAUAUUUUCUUUCUUCUUUUUUUCUAUCUCUCUCUUUCGCUUUCAUAAAUUUAAUCCCCGGAGCUUCAUCGAGAAGUGCCUGAUGAGGGAUUCUCAAAUCUACGAUGCCUUUUUAGCGACGUUUCUUAUGCCGUUAAAACAUUGUUUUGCACCGUUUGUAGACAACAAGAUGUCUGGCUUGAAAGCGCAGGGUCACCUAAUUGUUGCUAAUGUGCAAGAUAAAAGGCCCUCUUGCCGCCUCCAAUAAAGGACCGUAGUUACUACUACAUGUUAUUCGCACACAAGCAGCAAUAAACUUAAAAGUAAUUCGGAGUGUUCUCGAUAGCUGUUUUGGUCAGAGCAGCUUUUUAAACGAGUACUGACAUAUUUUCGACUAUUCAGUUCCUUUUUUUCCUCUUUCUUUGCGGUGAAUGAAAGUCUCGUACCUCGAAACCCAAGGAAAAAAUUAAAAAAAAGGAGCAACAAUGGCAAAGCGAACAGCGAAAUAUAAACAGAUGCGUAGUUAAACAUUUGUACAAUUUACAGCUUUGCACUGCAUAUGCAUUUUCGUACCCGUCCACAGCUUCAUGUGAGCUUUUUUAUAUUAUUCUUGUGGUACAAAUAGACAAACCAGAGGAAGUACCCUGGUGAUAGUGUUAUUAUUUGAGCAAGUUUUCUCGACGCAUAUGUCUUAUGAAUUCUGCCCUUUCUUUCGCAAUGGGUAAAUAGCCUUGUACCGUCAAUCAGGCAGCUAUAGAUAAGCUUCAUUUUGUAAAAGAUCCGCUAUUACUUUCGUCGUCAUCAAGCGUUUUGUCAUCCUCGCAAAGGUGCAGUUACCACAAACGCUAAGCGCUUUCCAGGCCUGUCGGGCAUUCGCAUUUUUUUUUUUUUUUUUUUUGCUUACUAGGAAACGCGCAUUUCUGACGUCGCAGCUCGCAAGUCUUGUAACCACGUGACGUUGAAGCCAGUUAAGAGCUCUUUCCUUUUCUUCUUUUCGUCAGACUACGACAACGUUCAGCGCUUGCGCCAAGAGAUUCGCUGCAUUUCGGCUUGACUUGACACAUCGAGCAUAGCUCUACGGGUGUUCUGAUAUUCUUACGUCCCAGCAACAAAGAAAAAAUAAGGAAAGAGGAUGACUCGCCGCAGAAGGCAGAGUCAACCUCGCUGAGGGCAUCCCUGGCAAUAUAGGUUGCUUGUGUGGCGGGUGUCGUGCCUUUAGGGCACGUUGGUUUAGAGUGCGCGCCCGUUAAUUAUAGAGCCCUCUCUGUUCGACAAGCUGUAAGCAGCAGACGAUUUCUUGCUGGUCCUGUCGCUGUUGGACGAUUCGGUGCGCUUGCGUCGGCCUCGGUACAGACGUUCACACUACCCGUGCCCAAGCGACGUGUUAAGAAAAAAGCAUUUCUGGGAAGCUACUGAGCUCGAGAAACAAUGCUUGUGCGUAGGUUUUCUUUUUCUUUAAACCUAAUAAAAAGAAGCAGGCUAUGCAUAGUCUUUACAGCCUGCGUUCGUGAAGCCAGUCAGUGUUGGUUAGUUCGCGCUCUGGUUGUUCUGUAACGCGUCCCUUGAGCGCUCUGCAGGAAAGUGUGAACGUCUGUACGUAUAGGCAACGCGUGUGGUCGCCGCAAAGUGGCUGCAUAGUAUACGCUCCGCUCGAUCCGCGAUAUGGAGCGGACCGAUACGGAGUGGAGUGCUUCGAUGUUGCCGAGAACGCGAGCGUUUCGUGAGAGCAAUUAGCGUGUACACAAAUAUAGAUGUACUAUAUAUAUAUACACACAUAUAUAUAUAUAUAAAUAUAUAUGCACCGUCGUUGUUGUGCUGUCCGAGAAGCGUAGACCUUGUACUGCGCAAAAGAAAAAAAAAACGUGCGCUGUGAUACUCACACUACUUGUUAAUUGUUACGUGCGCCCCCGGUCGACAAUACUGCCUUAAUGGGCGCACGGAGCUUUGUAGCCUUGUUAAAGGAAAUGUUUCCGUUCCUCGCUUUUUAGCAAAGUAUGGCUCACACAAACAUACACACACACAGAUGCCACCGCGAACUCACGAAGCAGACGACGCGUCCUACACGUGCAGAUAAAACAGCGCCGCAGACGCUACCGCCGGACGGCGAAAACAAAAAAAAAAUUAUCGCAAGAUGCAAUCUACACAGUUACCGUCCUUGGACGUGGAGACGAGUUGCGAGGCUCCCAGUAGAACUGCAAGUCGUCGCGCCACCUGCCGGCUGAAAGCGAAGCUGUAUCACUGGCGCCGAGUGAUGACGUCACAGCCGUUAUGUGCCAGGCGGCACGUUGCUACUCGAGGCUACUCCCGUCUGGUGAUUACGAUCGACCACCUAGGCAAAACUAAUGUAAAGAAAUGUCGCCGCUGGUAACCAAGGUUGGUUCGAGGAGGAAUUACGUGCAAGGGAAUACUGCUGGCCGUCCUGGUAAACCUGACCUUGGACGGUGACUCGAAAAAGGAUCGCCCGUGCUUUGUGACCUCGUUCGCACAUUUGGCAGCCUUGUUUGUUGCGACCAGAGCAUUACUGAGGGGCAAAUAAUUUAUAGACCGUUAGUUUCUGCAAUUGUUACGAAGUUUUUCUGUGAUGGUCACCGAAUCGCAUGCCAACAGCAACAGUUGACCAUCAGAUACCCCCCCUUUUUUUUUAUUAAGCAAUUUAAGCGGCUGCAAAACCUUUACGCAACUACAAUCGCGUAGAGGAAAGACAUCUAGCCGGAUCAAAACAAUGUUAAAAAUCGAAGUCACUUCACCGUUUAAGCACGACGCAGCUUGCUGGAGACAAGUCAAGCCUGAAUGUCGCGAAUCACUUUUUGUUACCUUUGUUGGCGAUUAUGCAGUGGUCCCUAGCGCCGUCCGCGUAAAACGUUCAUUUGUUGCAUUCUGACGUCCAAAGAAGGCGCAAAGACAAGUAAAAUGUCACGGUUUCACUGUAAACAGUGCUUUCUAGUAAGCGAUUGCAUAGUCUAAUAAAGCGGUUUGCUUACUACCCUUUGGUAUAAAGUGCUCAGCUAAUGCGAAAACUACAGCCGUAGCCUCAUGCUCGGUCUGAAGCAGACGCGACGUCACUCUCGGAUUCCUCUGAGGCACAAUUGGCUGCCAUUGAGACAGAGGUCACUCGCAGUUGAAACAUAAUACCACCGGAGCUGGCACAGUCUCAUGGCGGUCAAUCGGGCAUGUUCACAUUUGAACUUCCGAACGCUGCUCUGCGCACCAUUCGCCGUAGCCUCUGACUGUAUCCAGAAUUGGGAGCAACAUCGCCUUCGAUCGCCUGUGAAUGGCAAAAAUGGCGGACUCCGUACUAAUUAAUCGGCGGAAUGGCAUUCGAUUCUGAGGUUUAUGUACGAUCUCCUUCUUCUCGGCCUCAAAAGUUGACUGCCGUUCGUGCGGCUUUCAAAGUAGAAGGUUCGAAUCGAACACGCGCGUUCGUGUGAUUAGGCGUGGAGUUCGGCCUCCCUUUCUCCUUCAGCAAAUUGUGCUCGGCCCUAGCCCUGGUCGAACGCGUCACUCUCUGGCUAUGGCUUCGGUUGUUAGUUUUCGACAGGCACACCGUGGCUACAGUCUGCAGCCUCGAAACCUCGCGCAUGCGCACUUUAGCCGCAACCCGACCAUGUACCGCGACUCGAAACGUUCCUUGUGAGUGUUCGCCGUUGAAUGAAUAAAUAAACAAAUAAUAAAAAUGCGCAGCCGCUCCCUUAGCCGAGGCUGCGGGAACGCGUCUUACUUUGUUUUUUUUCUGUCGUCCGACUCCCCGGAGGAAUAAUUCUCUGCGCUGUACAUAUAUAUUUAAAAGAAAAGCGACGUGUUUUACAUAUAUAUCUUUAAAUAUAUUUUUUACCAAAAGGGGGCGGGCUUGUUCGUUGUUGGAGGAGAGAAUAAAAAAAAAAGGAAGAUGGAAUGUCAGUGAUAAAAGAGGAAAAAAAAAGCAGAGUUCUACUUCUAGCGUGUUCAGGUGUUCGCAGACGGUUGUUGUUGCUUGUUGACGAAAAACGUACUUGAGAUGAGAUGAAACACACGCUUUGAGCGCCUCUGUUCUUGUUGAGAAGCGGUUAUACGUGACUUUGCGAGAGAAGAGAGGGCGGUGCGGAAAAGAAAAAAAAAAAACUGGGCACGUCUGCCGCCAGUAUUCACUCACUCACUCUCUCUCUCUCUCUCAUCGGAGCUUGUACACACACUUUGUUCCGUGACGCGUGAGGUCGUCUCGUUGUUUGCGUUGUUUCGUUCCUGCUCUCGUGUUUCUCUGUUUUUGUAGGAAAGAGCGUCCAGGCAGGUAGCGCAGCGCCUCGGCCUGGAAAUGUCUCUGGGGCAAUAAAAAAAAAACGGGAGUUGCGUAGA